AAAAUCCAAAUCCAAAUCCAAACCCUCUCUCUCCUCACUUCGUUCGCUCUGUAACAUUUUGCGCAGUUUCGCGCGCAGAGAGAGAGAGAGAGAGAGAGAGAGGAUAAUGGCGUUGGAGCAAACAGUGGCAUUAGCAGCAACGAACAUCCUUCUCUGUAUCCCCAGAAAUCAUCUCACCAAUACCAAUACUCAUAUCCUCUCUUUCUCUCCUUCAAAAUCAAACCCUCUCUCUCCUUUUCGCCUCUUCUCAUCUUUACCACUACCACUCAACAAUACACGAUUCGCUAUUCAUAAAUGUUCAAUCGAUUACAACAACAACAAUGGCCAUUACGACAGAUUAAUGGGUUCCGAGUACCCUAGGCCGUCGGAGAUUCAGUGGAAGAAGGAGCUCUGUAACUCCGUACAGCUCAUCGGCAUCGUCGCUACACCUGUCCAAAUCAAGCCCCUCAGCUCCGGCAAGGUCGUCGCUUGGUCUCGCCUCGCCGUCAAGAAAUCCUCUACCGACACUGCCUGGAUCAAUUUGACAUUCUGGGAUGAGUUGGCUCAUGUUGCUUUUCAGCAUGUAGAGAAAGGCCACCAAAUUUAUGUUUCUGGCCGCCUGGUUUCGGAUACAGUUGAAAGUGAGGAUGGGAAGCAGCAGACUUACUAUAAGGUGGUUGUUCAGCAACUGAAUUUUAUUGAAAGGAAUUUCUCGUCUGUGACUUUGUACGAUGGGGAUUCAAAUUCUGCAACACCAGGUAGGAAGCUUAGCAAUUACACUGCGAAUAACACCGGCUCCACCGAAGAACUAUGGCAAGCAUUUUUUGCUAAUCCAGUGGAUUGGUGGGAUAAUAGGAAGAACAAGAGGAACCCAAAAUAUCCAGAUUUCAAGCACAAAGAUACUGGGGAAGCAUUGUGGAUUGAAGGAAGGUAUAAUCCCCCGUGGGUGAAGUCCCAACUGGCAAUCCUGGAUACGAGAAUGGAGUCUUUUCAUGAUCAAAAUGAUGCCAUGCAAGUAAAUUUUGUGGCCGGUGAUGAUUACACGUCUUUUUAACUGCACAUUAUGCUGAUUGCUAGAUAUGGGUCUCAGAAGAAUCUUUUCUCUGUAUGGUUUUAUUAUUUUUGAAAAGAUAAAUUUUGACAUUAGUUUUACUGGCUUUGUUUGUAUAGUUGUACCAGAGAAUUUACAGUGUGCUGAACAAGUUUUGUGCGUCUUAAUUUGGGUCUUCAUUCAAACCACUGGACAGGUCAUUUAUGAUCGGCGUCAUGUUAUACAAGCUAUCUUGAGGUUUAAAAGCUUCUCAAACAAA